GUGUCCCCACAAUUCAUAGCCUGAAUUGAAUUUUUAUAUCUAAAAUAUCUAUCACCUUCACCCAUGCCCUCUUUCAUUCCAUCAAACCACUGCUGCACAACUCUCUCUCUCUCUCUCUCUCUCUCUCUCUCUCAAGUUUUCAGGACUUCAAUUACAUCAUUAUUAUUAUGAAGCAAGAUGAAAACAGAAGCAGAGGGCUUCACAAAAGUAAUAUUAGUGAGCACUUAACAGAAUAAUAAAAAUGGCAUUCAUUUGGACAGUUCUGCUGCUCCUCCAGCAUUUGGUUUUAACACACCUCUUUGCAGUUUCAGGUUAUAGUCACCAUCUCAACCACUCCUUGCUUACAGACAAGGCUGCUCUUCUAGCAUUCAGAAGGACCCUAAUUCUAGAUCCAAAUUUCAGACUUGCUAACUGGGUUGAGGCUGUUGAUGUCUGCAACUUCACAGGUGUCAGAUGUGACAAGCACCAUCACCGCAUAGCACAACUGAAUCUGUCCAACUAUGAACUCACAGGGCCACUUGCACCAAUCAUUUCAAACCUCACUGGACUUCGAGUUCUCAACCUAGUCGAAAACUACUUUUUUGGCCUUAUUCCUCCUGAACUGUCUUCCCUUCGACACCUGCGUCACCUCCAGCUAGACUUGAACCAUCUAGAUGGCUCAUUGCCAGAGUCCUUUGCCCUGCUUUCGAAACUCACUUUGAUAAGUCUCAGGGGCAACAAUAUGAAAGGUGAACUUCCACCUUCUUUCUUCUCCAACUGCACUUCAUUAGAAAAUGUAGACUUGUCUCGUAACUUUUUCACAGGAAAUAUUCCUGAAGAAAUUGGAAAUUGCCCUGACCUAUGGACCAUCAAUUUAUACAACAAUCAAUUUACAGGAGAACUUCCUGUAUCUUUAACCAAUAUUUCAUUUUCACUCUACAAUAUAGACGUGGAGUAUAACCAUCUUUCUGGUGAAUUGCCUGCAAAUAUUGUAGGAAAUCUACCUUCACUUAGCUUACUCCAUCUAUCAUAUAAUCAUAUGGUUAGUCACAAUAACAACACCAAUCUUGAACCAUUCUUCACUGCACUUGGAAAUUGCACUGACUUAGAGGAGCUUGAAUUGGCUGGGAUGGGUCUCAGAGGAAGCUUGCCCAGUUCCAUUGGCCAACUUAGCGCCAAACUUUCUUCUCUUAUGCUGCAAGAAAACCAGAUCUAUGGAUCAAUCCCUUCAAAUAUAGCAAAUCUUACUGCUCUUACAGUGUUGAAUUUGACAUCCAAUUAUCUAAAUGGAACAAUUUCAGCAAAGAUCAGUCAUUUGCUCAGCCUAGAGCAACUUUUCUUAUCACACAACUUGUUCACUGGUGAAAUUCCAGCAGCAUUAGGUCAGUUUUCUCAUCUUGGUCUGCUUGAUCUAUCAAAUAAUCAAUUCUCAGGUGAAAUACCAGCAAGCUUAGGAAAUUUAGUUCGGGUGAAUUAUAUGUUUCUCAACAACAAUCUCCUUUCAGGAAACAUACCUCCAACAUUAGGACAGUGCAUUGAUCUGUACAAGCUAGACUUGUCCUAUAACAGAUUGAUUGGGAGCAUUCCUCCAGAAAUAUCAGGAAUGCGUGAGAUACGAAUAUUUUUAAACCUUUCACACAAUCAUCUUGACGGGCCUUUGCCAAUUGAACUGAGCAAGCUGGAAAAUGUUCAAGAGAUAGAUGUUUCAUCAAACAAUCUCACUGGAAGCAUCUUCUUUCAGAUAUCAAGCUGCAUUGCAUUGAGGAUGGUAAAUUUCUCAAAUAAUUCCCUUCAAGGGAACCUACCUGAUUCCCUUGGUGAUCUAAAGAACCUUGAAUCCUUUGAUGUUUCUGGAAAUCACCUCUCUGGAAUGAUCCCAGUAAGCCUCAACAAAAUUCACACCCUCACCUAUCUGAAUCUUUCUUUUAACAACUUUGAAGGACUAAUUCCCUCUGGUGGUAUCUUCAAUUUAGUUACAAAUAGGUCAUUCUUAGGCAAUCAGCAUCUUUGUGGUGCAGUUUCUGGCAUGCCUGCUUGCUCUCAAAAAAGUCGCUGGUUUCGCUCACGUAUGUUCUUGGUUAUAUUCAUCCCAGUCAUAUCUGUAUCAGCUUUCUUUUCAACAAUAUGUUGUGUAAUUGGAAUCCGCCAAAUCAAGGUUAUGGUUUCUUCUCGAAAUUCACUGAGAACUGAGAGAACAGAAAAACCAACAGAGCCAGAAUUGAUCCACAAUUUUCCAAGAAUUACUUACAGAGAACUGUCUGAGGCCACUGAAGGAUUUGAUGAACAAAGACUAGUUGGUACAGGUAGUUAUGGACGUGUCUAUAAGGGAAUUCUUCCAGAUGGGACUCUGAUAGCUGUAAAGGUAUUGCAGUUGCAAUCUGGAAACUCAACAAAGAGUUUUAACAGAGAAUGCCAAGUUUUAAAGAGGAUUCGGCACAGAAAUUUGAUCAGGAUUAUAACAGCAUGCAGUCUUCCUGAUUUUAAAGCUCUUGUUCUUCCAUAUAUGGCAAAUGGAAGUUUGGAUAGCCGUCUCUACCCACAUUCAGGAACAGGUUUGGUUUCAGGCUCCUCUGAUUUGACUCUCAUCCAGAGGGUGAACAUUUGCAGUGACAUAGCUGAAGGGAUGGCUUAUCUGCAUCACCAUUCACCUGUUAAAGUCAUACAUUGUGAUCUAAAGCCAAGCAACGUUCUUCUUAAUGACGACAUGACGGCUCUGGUUUCUGACUUUGGUAUUGCAAGGUUGGUUUUGACAGUUGGUGGUGGAAAUGCUGUGGUUGUUGAGAAUAUGGGGAACUCUACUGCAAACUUAUGCGGAUCUAUUGGAUACAUUGCACCAGAAUAUGGGUUUGGUUCAAACACAUCUACAAAAGGAGAUGUUUAUAGCUUUGGUAUUGUAGUUCUCGAGAUUGUCACAAGAACAAGACCAACAGAUGAAAUGUUUGUUGGUGGGCUAAGCCUGCACAAAUGGGUGAAGAAUCAUUACCAUGGUAGAGUUGAACAAGUUAUAGACUCUUCAUUGGUAAGAGCUUUAAGAGAUCAAUCCCCUGAAGUAAAGAAUAUGUGGGAAGUUGCACUAGGAGAAUUGAUCGAGUUAGGUAUUCUUUGCACUCAAGAGUCCCCCUCCACAAGACCUACAAUGCUUGAUGCUGCUGACGACUUGGAUCGGCUAAAAAGGUAUCUCAGUGGGGAUACAACUGCCACAUUUGCAUCCUCUCUGGGAAUUUCAUCAUCCACAGCAGGAGAUGACUGA